AUGGCCCCAAAGCAACAAGGCAGGACCGAUCUGCAUUCAUGUGACGAGUGUACCGCAGCAUACGACAACGAGCGCGAACUGAAGAGCCACCGCAAAAUACACGCCAGAUUGGCCAGAUUGAGAGAUCGAGCCCAAGCCAGACGAAGUAAUCACAAGUGCGGCUAUUGUGAGAGCAAGUACGCGACCGACGAGGGGCUCCAAGAGCACAUCAACGAGUUCCAUUUCAAGGAGACUGAUGAGAGGCACGCUUGUCCGCGCUGUGACACUGCUGCAUCUCCACAGCAGCAGGUACAGAUAAAGGCAGAACAGUUGCAAGAUAAUAUGUCAUACCAACAGGCAGAACCAGAUUCAGCAUCUGGUCAUGUUUCUCCUGGUUGGAGCACGCCACGCCCAAACAGCCCUACCGAAAGAAUUCUCAAACUUCCUCCCAGGCCACUCCCUCCUAAGGAUGUUGAUAUCAAGGCAUGCGGCUUCCCUCCCAGAACAACUGAGCCCGGGGAAGUUAAUAUCCGAGCAGGUAGUCUGAGCUGGCUGGACUUUGACGUCGCAUACUUGAGAACGAAGAUACCCGAGAUUCAGAAACUUAUCAAAGGUGGCUCCUACCGAUAUCCGCCAGGGGAACCAGCCAAUACAAUUCCUCUCGAUGCUUCCCAGGUGAUGGCACUUGACAGCCUGGGGCUCGUUUUCAAAGCACCCUAUAUUCCCAACUUGGUGGGGUUGUCUGAGCACUCUCUGAAAUCCGGAAUCGACCUGCUAAGGCAAGUUGUCGGUAAUUACUUUUCUACCUGGCAAAAAGCCCAGCCUGUUUUCCAUGUUGCUACCUGCGAGUUCGAGAAAUGCCCAAUGGUAGUGCUCGGAGCAAUGGCUUGUAUUGGGGCGGUCUUCGACAAGGAUCAUGAAACUGUUGACCAGGCGCAUCAUAUCAGUGCAAGAUGUGUUUCGGAGCUCAACAUCAUGGCCAUUGGCUGUCCUGACAAUAGCCUAGAUAUCAUGUAUCUGGCUGCAGUGUGCCUUCAUCAGUCAUACGUGCUCGGAUCCGGCGUCGAAAAUGUUCAUAGCGAGGUAAACAGAGUCCGCAAAUUUCUGGUUGAUAGGCUUCGAAAUUUGGGGCUGUUGGGUGGUGACGGUUUGAGCCAAGAUGGACCGUCUCGAGUAUUUGAGGCGCCCACGCAGUCAGUGCAAGCUGAAUGGGCAGCCUGGGUAGCGCGGGAGCUUGAAAUCAGAACGACGUGGGCUGUAUUCGAGUUUGAUUGCACUUUUUCCCUCCUCACCAACAGCCCCUGUGCCAUAGGUCUGAGAGAUCUGCCCUCGAGGUUUCCGUGUUCUGAUGAAUUAUAUGAAGCCCCAAAUGCCCAUACCUGGAAUGAUAUCCGAUCCCAAUCACCAUAUCAUGCUCAGGGACCGCUGGUGUCCACCGUCGUGAGCGCCACAGCAGCAAAAAGGGUAUUAUCGGAGCAUAUCUCUCCUUGGAGCAAGCGUUUGUGCACCCAGAUCUUGGAAAGAGUCUGUGUGGGGUAUAUGUGUCAGUCUCAACGAGAAAGCACUCGCACGGCUGCCCAGCAUCAUGGCCUGGACCCGGGCUCUGUUGCUGCACAGAAGACCGAGUCUGUGCUUCGGUCCAUCAGCUUUUUGGGCAAAUCCAUGCAUGAUGCCGCGAUUUCAAAUCCUCUAUCAACAAUGGACCUCAUCAACUUUAGCUCAACCAUGUUGAUUCGCCACUAUACCCACUUAUCAGUGUAUUCCGAUGUCAUGGACUUGAUAAUCUUCAUAACUCGUGAAGCUGCUUCGACCAGAUUGCCCAGCUCUCGCACAUCUUUGCGCUGGGCGCAGCAAAAGCUUAUCGAGCAAUUCGCAGCGCGUCCAUCCAAAUCUCGGCAGUGUGUUUGGCACGCUGGCCAGAUGAUCCGAACAGCAAAGAUUCAUGCAAGAUUUGCGCCGUGCGACCAUCUUCGCACUUUCACGGCCUAUCUUGUUAUACUCGCGUUUGCAAAAUAUGGCCCCCAGUCUCUAAGAGACGUCGACUGGGUCGAACCUUUUCCAAUAGAUCAACGGCAUGACAACGAGAAAGCCAUCGAGAAUUGGAUUCAAUAUGGCGGUCCUGCCAAGAUUGGCUAUUGCACUCUGAUUCACGCCGGAUGUCGGACUGAGAAAAUUGUUCAAGAGGCGUUUCAUGUGCUUUACCGUCUUGAAAACUGGGGAAUCUCCGAGAGGUUUUUCAUCAUCCUGGCUCACUUCAAUGAGCUGAAUGUCCUUGGAUGA